AUGAUAAACCAAAUUGAAGAAAAAUUCAAUACGAAUUACUGUCAAUUCUGGUUCGAAUCACAAAAGGAACCUGUGAUUGUGCCAAUAACUGAAUAUUUAGUUGUAUGGAUUAAGGGUUGGGGAAAUAAAUUUAAUCACUUAUAUCCACAUAUGUUAACCUGUAUACUGCCUGAAGAGAAAGCUUCCGAAGCACCACGAAGUAUAUCCAUUGUAAAUAAAGAGUGUGAUAAAGCUACAAAUCAUUUAAAAGUCAUCUAUGAACCACCAUUAGGCAAAAGAAAGAAAGGUGGUUUCGCGGUUUGUGUUAAGGGUUUCAUGUUUCCAUUUGCAGAUAUAUCCGCACGCUUGGUGGAGUGGAUGGAAAUGAUGCGAAUACUAGGUGCACAAGAAGUUAUUGCUUACUCACUUGCUGUACAUCCAAAUGCAACAAAAGUGAUUGAUUAUUAUAAGAAAAAGGGUUUUCUUAGGGUCUAUCCUUAUUCUUAUGCACGCGGUGAGCCGGUCUUUGCUAAUUUCCAGCGUUACAUUAUGAAGGAGGAUUAUCUGAAUAUGAUAUUAAACGAAAUGUUUCCAUACAACGAUUGCUUUUAUAGGAACAUAUAUAAAUAUGAUUAUGUGGCGGGUAUUGAUAUUGAUGAAGUGAUUAUGCCACUUGGUAAUUGGACAUCUUGGUAUGAUAUUGUUGAAUAUGGUGAGAAAUUUAAAAGUCCCAAUUGUAAAACAUUUGCUGGUAUCUGUUUUCGAAACACCUAUUAUCCGAAAUAUGAAGGUCAACCGCCUUAUUCCACCGAUAUUCCGAGUUAUUUUUAUAUGUUGCAACAUGUAAAGAGAAUUGAGAAACAUAUGCCAAGUGGCUUUGCAACAAAAUGUUUACAUAACACAAAAUACGCUUUAACACUACAUAAUCAUUACAGUUUGGAUUAUUUGGGUUGUCGAGAUCUUGAUAUGAAUACUACCGAUGCACAGCUUCAACAUUACCGAGAGCCAGACGAUAAGAAUACUUUGAAUUUAACUAUUAUGGAUCCGAAUAUUUGGAGAUUUAAGGACAACCUAAUUAAACGUACAAUGAGAGUUUUUGAGGAUUUAGAUUUCUUUAAAGAUACGGAAAUCGAAAAUUAA